AUUAUGGGAAGAAACUUUACAACGGUGACAGAGUUCGUCCUCCUGGGACUGACGGAUCUCCGGGAGUUAGAGAUCCUCUGCUUCCUGCUGUUCCUGGCUGUUUACGUGGCCACCGUGGCGGGAAAUGUUGGCAUGGUUGUCCUCAUCCUGGCUAACGCCCGGCUCCACACACCCAUGUACUUCUUCCUCAGCCACUUAUCCCUUGUGGAUCUCUGCUUCUCUUCCAAUGUGACUCCGAAGAUGCUGGAGGUUUUCCUUUCAGAGAAGAAAACCAUUUCUUACCCUGCCUGCCUGGUCCAGUGUUACUUUUUCAUUGCUUUGGUGCAUGUGGAGAUGUACAUCCUAGCCGUGAUGGCCUUUGACAGGUACAUGGCCAUUGGGAACCCUCUGCUCUACGGCAGCAAGAUGUCCAAGCGGGUGUGUGUGGUGCUCAUCCUGGGGCCGUAUGUGUAUGGAGCACUCACUGGCCUCAUGGAGACCAUGUGGACCUACAGCCUGGCCUUCUGUGGUCCCAAUGAGAUCAAUCACUACUACUGUGCUGACCCCCCACUCAUUGAGCUGGCCUGCUCUGACACCUCCAAGAAAGAAACAUCCAUGUUUGUUGUGGCCGGAUGCAACCUUUCCUUUUCUCUCUUCAUCAUUCUUCUUUCCUACCUUUACAUCCUUCGUGCGAUCCUGAGGAUCCGUUCCGCAGCAGGCAGACACAAAGCGAUGUCCACCUGUGCCUCCCACUUAACAGCGGUCUCCAUAUUCUACGUGACCCUCUUUGCCAUGUACCUGAGGCCCCCAUCCAAGGAAUCCGUGGAACAAGGAAAAGUGGUGGCUGUAUUUUAUACUACAGUGAUUCCCAUGUUAAACCCCAUGAUUUACAGCCUUAGAAAUAAAGAUGUGAAAGAAGCGUUGGCCAAUCAGCUUUUAAGGAAGAAAGCAUUUUCCUAA